AUGUGUUCAAGUAGUCCAUAUUAUAGUGAUAUGUUAAAAAUUUGGCAGAAUACAAUCUUCUCUCGAAAGACUACCUUACAAGAUAAUAUUAACCCUAUUCUUAAAAAAGAUAUUAACCUAAUGCAUGCUCCUCAUAAUAAUUGUGAAAAUGCUCACCUAGAUAUUACUAUUACUGAAAAUCCAGACUUCUUAAAAAGGUUCGCAUCAGACUUAAACAAUGAACAAAAAAUGGCCUAUUACUUAUUCUGCAAACAUUAUCAAAAAAAUAAUCAAUUAUCCAAGAAUAAACCUUCUCAAUUAUUGUUUUAUCUUACUGAUGCAGAUGGAACUAGUAAAUCCAGAGUUAUUCAUGCAAUAUGUUCAUAUUUUGAAUAUACUUCACAAAGUAGCACUCUGAUAGUUUUAGCACUUACUGGUAUUGCUGCAGUAAAUAUAUAUAGAAGUGAUAUCCACUCUGCAUGCAGAUUCAGUUUCAAUAAAAGUCUAAAUACUCAUUCUAAUUUAUCAGAAAAAGUCUGUGCCAGCUUCAAGAAUACUGAUCUACAAUAG